CAGAAAUAGAAACAGAAACGCGCUAUUUCGUAGAGUAGGCUGAGGCUGGAGUAGAUUAAGAAUUAUUUAAAUAAAUAUUAUGUAAAUAAUUAUUUAAAAAUAUGAUUGAACAGCCGUGUUAUUCGCGCUCACUGCGUGCUUACAAAGUAAUAAGUUAUUCUAAAAAAAAUUCAGCAAAGGAAUCCAAUGAUUUGGCCAAGAAAAGAUCCAGCGAAGCUGCUCUUGCCGACAAAAAAUCAGACUGGAAAAAAAUAUGUCAACAUUUACCUCAGCAGAUCCAGUCUCUUUUGUCUAAAAUUCAUCACCUGGUUACUAAAUCCUGCAAUGAAUUGUGUUCAGAAUCAUCAGCAGUAGCGGAUCAGCUGUCAACUAAAAUACUGCAGAUUUUGAUACACGAGAGAAUAAUAAUGAUUGAUAAAAAUAUAAAGCGAGUGCAGGAGCUGCUGGGUGAAGCAGAUGUUAAAUUAUCGCGCAGUAUUAUUGAAGCUGUUUCAAUGAUUCAAGCAGCGUUGAGUCAAGAUGACAUUGACUUCAUAGAUAAUUUAAAAAAUGAAUCAUCUGGUGAUGUUAUGUCUAGAGAGUUUGAUAUUUUCAGCUCAGAACUUCAAUACAAACCCGCUUCUAAGUUCAAUGAUUUGAAGCCAUUGCACGAUAUGAUGCAACCAAAUUCAAAUAAUGACAUUAAGUUUGAUUGCAAUGAUUUUACGAUGAUCUACACGAAGUCCGAGGAACCGGCCAAGGAAGGGGAGUUUGAUAGAAAAAAAUUUCUAGCUUCAUUGCGUCAAUGUCAUGCUCAAUAUUCUAGUGAGAUGUCAUUCGAGGAGUUUGGCCAAUUGAUCGAAAAUUAUUUAAAAAAUGACAAUAAUUUACAGGCCGAAUUGUUUGAUGUACUUGGGUGUGAUCAUAUAGACUUCAUUGAGUACAUUAUCAAGUAUCGCGAUAAAAUCCUGCCAUUGUUUGCGAGUCAGAAGGCUUCUAAAUCAAUCACGAGGACUCAAGAACGCCCGCAGUACGGAUGUCAGGUGAUAGUCCAGUCGGAGAAAGAGAAGCAGCUUCUGAAGCAAGUGCGUAAGGAAGAAAAAAAAUUACUCAAAGUCUCGAAUAGGUUCGGCGAGUUUGCUGAUGACUCGGAUGACGAAAUUGAUACGAUUGCAUUGAGAACCAAGAGACAGCAGGCACUGCAAGCCAUGCAAGCACCAGUUUUGUCAUCAACUAAAAAGACUUUUGUUGCUUCCGCAGCUCCUAGGGAAUCUUAUCCUUAUGUAUUUGAUAGUCAAUUAAAGUCAAAGACCACCACGGGGUUUGUGUCGGGUCACAAGCUCAUUCUACCUGAAGAUGUUGCACGAAAAGACACAAAUUUGUGUGAGGAAGUUGCGAUACCCGUUUCAAAAACAAGUCUAGAAGAUUUAAAUUUCAAAUCAGUAAAAAUAUCAUCGCUCGACGAAAUCGGGCAGAUGGCAUUCGAGGGUAUCAACACGUUGAAUCGUAUUCAGAGUAUUGUAUUUAAUGCAGCUUAUAAUAGUAAUGAAAAUUUGUUGAUCUGUGCGCCGACUGGUGCGGGAAAAACAAAUGUAGCUCUUCUGACUGUGAUACAUCAGUUAAAAUUACAUAUUGACAAUGGCGUGCUGAAGAGAAAUGAAUUCAAAAUAAUUUACAUCGCGCCUAUGAAGGCUCUCGCAGCUGAGAUGACUGCUAAUUUCAAUAAAAGACUAGCGAGUCUUGGUGUCGCUGUAAAAGAACUGACUGGAGACAUGCAACUGACCAAGCGUGAGAUCCAGCAGACCCAGAUGAUUGUGACGACUCCAGAGAAGUGGGACGUGGUAACUCGCAAAGGCACUGGAGACAUUGCUCUGACGAGUAUCGUCAAGCUUCUGAUUAUCGAUGAAGUUCAUCUGCUGCACGGAGAUCGAGGUCCAGUAGUCGAAGCUCUUGUAGCUCGAACUCUUCGUCAAGUAGAGUCGUCCCAGAGCAUGAUAAGGAUCGUGGGUCUGUCGGCCACGUUGCCGAAUUAUGUGGACGUUGCUAGAUUUUUGCGAGUGAACCCUUACAAGGGACUGUUUUACUUCGAUCACCGUUUCCGGCCGGUGCCGCUGAGUCAGACGUUCAUCGGGGUCAAAGCCAGGCAGCCUAUGCAGCAGAUUCACGACAUGGAUCUCGUUUGCUACAAUCAAGUUGUUGACAUGGUGAAGAAAGGACACCAAGUGAUGGUGUUUGUCCACGCGCGUAACGCGACUAUUCGCACAGCGACAAAACUGAAAGAGUUGGCGCAACAAAAUGACACGAUAUCUGUUUUUAAACCUGACCCAAGUAACGCUAAGUUGACUCAAAGGUCAUUUAAUAACUCGCGAAAUAAAUAUCUGGGUGAGCUCUUCGCUUAUGGAUUCUCUGUCCAUCAUGCGGGAAUGCUGAGGUCUGAUAGAAAUCUCGUUGAAAAAGCUUUCGGACAGGGGGCAAUCAAAGUGUUGGUUUGCACAUCAACUCUCGCUUGGGGUGUCAAUUUACCCGCGCACGCUGUUAUUAUUCGUGGAACGGAAAUAUAUGACUCCAAGCACGGAUCAUUUAUCGACCUGGGAAUCCUGGAUGUACUUCAGAUAUUCGGGCGCGCUGGGCGUCCGCAGUUCGACACUUCCGGUCACGCGGUUAUAAUAACAGCGCACAAUAAAUUGUCGCACUACCUCUCGUUGCUUACCAACCAGUUCCCGAUUGAAAGCAGUUUCAUCACUUAUCUCGCGGAUAAUUUAAAUGCUGAGAUAGCUCUAGGCACGAUUUCGAACGUCGAGGAAGCUGUUGAAUGGCUCAGCUACACGUAUCUGUACGUGAGAAUGAGGCUGAACCCCAUGGCCUACGGGAUGCUCUAUCAGCAAGUAAUUGAGGAUCCCAAUUUAGAUAAGAAACGUAAAGAGCUAAUUGAUACGGCUGCUAAAUCGCUAGACAAAGCGCGUAUGAUAAGAUAUAAUGUACGAACAGGUGACCUUAAUUCCACGGAUUUAGGCCGUACGUCUAGUCAUUACUAUCUCAAGUACGAUACUGUGGAAAUAUUUAACGAAUUGUCAAAACCAAUAAUGACUGAAGCCGACAUUCUGGGUAUGCUGACACGUGCGCAAGAGUUCGAGCAGCUGAAAGUACGCGACGAUGAGAUGGACGAGCUGGACGACUUGACCAAAGACUACUGUGAAUUGGUAGCUCACGGCGGGACUGAAAAUGUCCAUGGUAAAGUUAAUAUUCUUGUCCAGACUUACCUGUCUCGUGGUAAAUUGUCUUCCUUCUCGCUGAUCUCUGACCAGGCUUACAUCAUUCAGAACGCGAUUCGUAUCAGCCGAGCGCUGUUUGAAGUCAUGUUGAGACAGAACAAUGCAAUAAUGGCCGGGAGAUUAUUAAAUCUCGCUAAAAUGUUGGAAGCUCAGCAGUGGGAUCACGUGACACCUUUGAGACAGUUCUUUUGUCUGGGUCACGACAUCAUUGAGAAAAUAGACCAGCGUAAUUUGACAAUCGACAAACUAAAAGAGAUGCAUGUUCGUGAAAUUGGAGAUAUGCUGCGUAACCAAAAGUCUGCGGACUUGGUGAAAAAAUGUUGCAGUGAAUUCCCUGCCUUGAGUAUGUACGCGAGCAUCCAACCGAUCACGAGGACUGUGCUGAGGAUACGACUGAGAAUACAACCGGAGUUUCGAUGGAAUGAUCACGUGCAUGGUAAAAGUUCAGAAGCUUUCUGGAUAUGGAUUGAAGAUACGGACAAUAAUUUUAUUUAUCACCAUGAGUACUUUCUCUUGACCAAGAAGAUGGCUUACAGUGGAGACGAGCAGGAGAUCGUGAUGACUAUUCCUCUUCAAGAACCUCACCCGGCUCAGUAUUUGAUUAAAGCGACCAGUGAUCGUUGGCUAGGAUGUGAAUACGUUUUAUCACUGGGUCUCCACAAUCUUGUCCUGCCAGAAACGUACCCACCGCACACAGAUCUGUUAGAAUUACAACCACUUCCGGUAACUGUACUUAAAGAUGAAUCGUUUCAAAGUCUCUACAAAUUCACGCAUUUUAAUCCGAUCCAGACGCAAAUAUUCCACUGCCUUUAUCAUACCGACUGCAAUGUCCUCCUGGGAGCGCCAACGGGAUCCGGUAAAACGAUAGCAGCUGAAAUCGCGAUGUUUAGAGUUUUUAAAAGUUAUCCUAAGCAAAAAGUCGUUUAUAUUGCGCCGCUGAAAGCUCUGGUGAGAGAGCGAAUGCGCGACUGGAAAAUAAGACUGGAGCAGAAACUAGGAAAGAAAGUUUGCGAAUUAACUGGAGACGUAUCUCCGGAUAUUCGACAGAUUGCUCAAGCUGACGUGAUUGUCACGACGCCGGAAAAAUGGGACGGGAUAAGUCGUAGCUGGCAGACGAGAAAUUACGUCAAGGAAGUUGUUCUGAUAAUAAUUGACGAAAUUCAUCUGCUGGGAGAAGACAGAGGACCUGUGCUAGAAGUUAUUGUCUCUCGAACGAAUUUCAUAGCCUCUCACACCAAGAGAACCUUGAGAAUCGUCGGGUUAUCAACAGCACUCGCCAAUGCCGUAGAUCUCGCCAACUGGUUGGGGAUAAAAAAAAUGGGUCUCUAUAAUUUCCGUCCGUCAGUAAGACCAGUGCCUCUGGAAGUCCACAUCAGCGGGUUUCCAGGGAAACAUUACUGCCCUAGAAUGGCUACGAUGAAUCGCCCGACAUUCCAAGCUAUCAGACAGCAUGCGCCCACCAGUCCAUCGCUCGUAUUCGUCUCUUCACGUCGGCAGACAAGAUUGACUGCUCUGGAUUUGAUCGCUUAUCUCGCAGCUGAAGAUAACCCAAAGCAGUGGCUACACAUGCCUGAACAAGAGAUGGAUAACAUACUGACGAAUAUAAAAGACGUAAAUUUGAAGCUCACAUUGGCGUUUGGUAUCGGGCUCCAUCAUGCCGGUCUCCAGGACAAAGAUCGUGAGACAGUUGAAGAAUUAUUCGUCAACAACAAAAUCCAAGUACUGAUCACUACUGCGACUCUUGCUUGGGGUGUAAACUUUCCCGCCCACUUGGUAGUGAUCAAAGGCACUGAAUACUACGACGGAAAAGUUAAACGUUAUGUUGACAUGCCGAUUACGGAUGUGCUACAAAUGAUGGGACGAGCCGGUCGUCCGCAGUUUGAUGACUCCGGUGUCGCUGUGGUUCUAGUCCACGAUAUAAAAAAAAACUUUUACAAAAAAUUCCUGUACGAGCCGUUCCCAGUCGAGUCAAAUCUACUGGAAGUACUUCCGGACCACAUCAAUGCGGAAAUUGUCGCAGGAACCAUUGGAACUAAACAGCAGUUCCUUGAUUAUCUUACUUGGACUUAUUUCUUCCGGCGGCUGAUGAAGAAUCCCCGUUACUACAAUCUAGAGAGUCUCGAUACCCUGGAUAUUAAUUCUUAUCUGUCAAAUCUCGUUGAUUGUACACUGAAGGUGUUGAUAGACUGCCAGUGCGUAGCUUUUGAUGAGGAACUCCAGUCUCUGUACGCUUUAGCUCACGGUAAAAUUGCUUCAUUUUAUUACCUCUCGCAUCAGACAGUAGGAAUGUUCACUAAAGUGCUAAAAGACAAUCUCACGCUUGUUGAGUGUCUUAAAAUUUUAUGUGACGCUCACGAGUACAGCGAAUUGCCCGUCAGACACAACGAAGAUUUAUUGAAUGAAGAAUUGUCAAAGUCAUGUCGUUAUCCCGGUGAAAAAUUGACAUUCGACUCGCCUAAUACUAAAGCAUUCUUACUUUUCCAAGCUCAUUUUUCACGACUACCUCUGCCGUCGACGGACUACACGACAGAUCUGAAAUCGAUUUUAGACCAAGCGAUAAGAAUUCUCCAGGCGAUGAUCGACAUUGUGGCGGAGAACGGCUGGCUCUCGAGUACUCUCCGCAUGAUUCAAUUGAUGCAGAUGAUUAUCAGAGCCCGUUGGAUUGACGAGUCAGCUCUCACUACUCUGCCGCAUGUUCACAAAGAAGACUUGUCACUCUUUGACAAAUUACCCAAGUCCUUACCCGGGUUCUGCGCCUUUGCUGGCAAUUACUCGCGACUCGCUAAAGCCUUUGACAAAAAAUUCAGUGAGAGCCAAAUACGCGACAUCCAUCAAGUUGCCAAAACACUUCCGGUCAUUGAUAUUCGAUUUAAAAUCCAAUUGACUGACGAGACCGACGGAAUUAAAGUCAUUGAUAAGCCCAUGAAACCCGAUGACUCUAUAAGUAUUUAUGCUGGUCAUGUUUACACUCUUCUUAUUGAGAUGAAGAGAAAAAAUAGCCCGGGUAAUAUCAAAUCAUUUACGACGACGUUCCAUAAAAGUAAAGAUGAAGGCUGGAUCGCGGUACUGGGUGACGAGAGAAGUGAACUCUGGGCCUUGAAAAGGAUACCGUCGAUUCAAACAUACGGAAAGACACAACAGUUACAAUUCACAGCACCAGAAUUCCCAGGCAAAACAAGAUUGUUCUUUUACCUGAUGUCUGAUUGUUAUCUGGGCCUGGAUCAGCAAUACGAGAUAAACAUAAACAUUAAAUGAAUUUAUGAACAGUAUAUCGUACGUUAACAUGGUAAAUAAUUAUAAAUUUAAAAAAGUUAUUUAAUUUUGUAAUUUUGUUAUACACGUAUUUUAAAAUAAAUGCGAAUAUAACUCAGUAAAUAAA